AUGGCUCCCAAAAAAAGGACCAAACUGUCUAGUUUUAGAACUAAGGGCCGUGCGAAAAGGCAGGAUACUGAGAAUGACAGGCAUGAUGACUUAAUGGGUAGCCUGCAGAUUCUGAAGAAAAAAUAUCCUGCCCUGGAGAAAACUUUAGCGAACGGUCACGUAUUCGUGCCGCUCCUACGAGGCUCAGACGCCAACUCCUUUGAUGGACUAAUAAGUGCAGCUUCUGGUAUUUCCGGUAAUUAUACAGUGGUCUCCGACGAAGACGGAGUUUCAUAUUUUUACUGUUCUAAUUUUAAUGUACUGGAUUGUGCAUUCGUUUUGACACUAAUAUUCAGUAAAAGCGACAAUAGGUUUAGCAAAACUGGUUCUGCCCUAUCUUUCGAGAGAGUUCCCAAGGGAACCGCAAUACGUGGAAGCUUUUUUGUUUACCGAAGCUGCGAUCUAUCUCUAUUGCGAUACAAUUCAACUGCAAAAAGGGACGUUGUCCAGGAAAAGAAUCUGUUUAAUACACACAUUAGCGUAUCGAGAGUUGUUGACAUAGCAGAAUUCCGGGAAGUAUCAGUAAUGAACUAUGGAUUUUCAAGAUUUCUACAUUCUGUAGUAGACGCACUCAAGGGCAUAAAGUUUCGGUGGGCUCCAGUAAAAAUUAAUAACAUAUUUGCUCAAAAUUUCAAGAGUUAUAAAUGCUCGUCUCAAAUGGUGCUAGAUGAAAUUCCAUUCGCAAGUGAAGGACUGUUGAUAGACAGACAACAGAUACUAAAGCAAAAUCUUGAAGCGUUCGAAAAAACUAAAUCAGCACUCGAACAGUUCGCUAAAAGUGUUCUAGAGCCUGAUGAAGGUGAAGAAAAUCUUGAAAAAGAGAAAGCACGCCAUUUUGCGGCAGAAAAUUCGAAAUUACAGCCAGCUAAUCCUAGACAAAGCUCCUCAAGGCUCAACCGUGGAAAUCAGCCUUUCAAUAAAGAGCCCACUGGCCACACGCGAUACACGGGUUCUAGCUAUCUCACUCAUGAUGAGAUCAAAGAAUACUGCGUUGCUACUAUUCAUGCUACCCUCGAAGCUGUGAAACGCAAGUCAUCGUAUCAAAUUCUAAAGACAUAUAUUAAAUGCCCUCGACAAUAUUACAUUGAUAUAGUUUACGAUAAUCUCAAUCAAUUGAGAUCCGAGACUAACUGUAACAUUGUUGUCCUCAAUCUGAACAAUGUUCAUGAAUCGACGUCAUGGUUUGACUCACUUGAUUUGUCGAAGUACACAACUGUUUCCACACCGCAUCCAAGCACUGUAAAGGUUGUGAGUGUUGGAGGAAUUGGGGAACAUAACUUGAAGGCGCUCCAAAUGUUACUUGAUCUUAUACAAAAUAGUCAAAAAUCAUAA